GCAGCUCCUUUAUCCAGCGUUGCCAGAAACUUAUGCGAAACCACGCGAAAUUCCACAAAACAAGUAAACAUGCCACUGGAGCCCCAGCGGUAUAAAUACUAUAAAACACAAUUGGGCGAUUCAUUGCAGAGCGCCACAGCUCUCAUUCGUCAUUAUUACACCACAUUGGGCUCCCAAACAUCACAGCUAAUCGUCCAAGCAAAUCGCAUUUGGGAACUGAGUCAACGGCACCGUUUGCUUGCUGGCAUAAAGGAGGCUGCUGCCGCCACCCUGCUCUCAGCUUGCCAUGACGCCUACCAGCCCAUCUACCACAGCAUAAAGCAGCUACAGGAAGCAGUUUUUGAGAUCUCUAUUCAUGUGACAGACUUCGAACGUGAAUACCAAGCUCUGCAAUCUGAGCUCGGCCAGGUGGACGAGCUGCGCUGUUGUUCACUAGCCAAAUGCAACGCUUGGUUAGCACAAACAUUGAGAGUAUUACAAACGCAGGUCAAGUUCUUGGAGUUGGAUUCACGUGCCCUACUGCCUGGGCUCGUCGAUAGCACAGCAGUCAAACAGUUUCAACGCGAUCUUGAGGUGACUGCACACUACAAAGCUAGUAUUUACUUGGGGUUGGCUGAAGCCGAUCGACGUUCUGAGCUUUUGCCUCCGAUUAAUUGAAGGACGACUAACCGGCACUACACAAUUUAUUUAAACAAAAUAA